AUGGGUAUCACUCGUGAUUCGCGCCACAAGCGCGCCGCCACAGGUGCUCGACGAGCUCACUACCGUAAGAAGAGAAAGUUUGAACUUGGACGACAGCCCGCCAUGACCAAGCUCGACUCUUCCAAGCGAAUCCACUCUGUCCGAACCCGAGGCGGUAACGUCAAGUACCGUGCCCUCCGAUUGGACACUGGAAACUUUGCUUGGGGUUCCGAGGCUAUCACCAGGAAGACCAGGUUGAUUCAGGUCCGAUACAACGCCACCAACAACGAGCUUCUCCGAACUCAGACUCUUGUCAAGGGCGCCGUUGUCGACAUUGACGCUACCCCCUUCCGACAGUGGUACGAGUCUCACUACGCUCAGCCCGCUUUCCGAGGUGCCAAGCUCGCCGAGGAGGAGGCCGACAAGAAGCAGUCCAACCACGUCAAGCGAGUCCUUGAGGAGCGCAAGACCGUUGCCAAGCUCGACCCCAUCCUUGAGCAACAAUUCAAGGCCGGUCGACUUUUGGCUGUCAUCUCCUCUAGGCCCGGCCAGAGCGGACGAGCCGACGGUUACAUUUUGGAGGGCAAGGAGUUGGAGUUCUACCACCACAAGCUCCAGCUCCGAAAGGCCAAGCACGCCGCCUAA